GAUAGAUACGUAUCAGUGAGUCUAAUACCAUACAUACAUUCAUUCAUUCAUCUCGUGAACGUUUGUUGUCAAAGGGAAAGAGAAAAGGAAAGAAGAUGGUUCCUUCCUUCUGAGCUCUGACUCACUUCUUUUUAGAGAGAGAUAAAAGAGAGGAAGAUGAACAGAACCCAUUGUUCAUAACAAACCUUCUCUCUUCCUUGUGUGUUUGUUUAUGUGACUGACACACAGGCUUUAAAUUAAUCCUUCUUUUCUUUUGAUUUUUCACAUCACUCACUGGGAAAAAAGUGGGAUUUUCAAGUUUUAUUUGUGCAGGGAAAAAAACCCACAGAGAGAAAGUUGGGAAAAGGAAUUCGCCAUUGGAUGUUUGUUUUCUUCUGUUUAUACUUUCUCUGCCCACUUACAAACCCACAAUUUUUCAAAACAAAAAAAGAAAUUUCUUUUUCUUAUUUGGGUCUUUAUUUUUCUUCUUCAUUGCUUCUGAAGUCCUCGAAAUUGGCGCUUUUGUGAUAAAGACCAGAGGACCCUGUUCAUGCUCUUCUUCAACCUGUGUGCUUUGAGCAACAAGCAGAGCACUAACGGAUGAAGGAGAGAGGAGGCUCUCUUGGAGGAGAGAGCCUGCCCGGUAAAAAGCCUAACACCACCACCAACACCGCCAAAGAAGAAGACCAAGACGACACAAAAAUCCCCUUUUGCUAGCUUCCCAUUUUUCCUUUUCUCGAGGCUUUCUUUUUCGUGGGUUUUCAAAUCUUUGCGUUGCCUCUUUGUUCGGGUUUGCUGCAUACCAUCUAUGGCGCUUCUCAUGCAUAAAGAGAUGGGUUCCAGCAAAUACGUACGGUAUACACCCGAGCAAGUUGAGGCAUUAGAGAGAGUUUAUGCAGAAUGUCCUAAGCCCAGUUCUCUCAAAAGGCAGCAGCUCAUUAGAGAGUGCCCGAUCCUUUCUAACAUUGAGCCUAAACAGAUCAAAGUUUGGUUUCAAAAUCGCAGAUGCCGCGAGAAGCAAAGGAAGGAAUCUUCUCGGCUCCAGAGCGUUAAUAGAAAGUUGUCAGCGAUGAACAAAUUGUUGAUGGAGGAGAAUGACCGCUUACAGAAGCAGGUGUCUCAUUUGGUGUAUGAGAAUGGCUAUGUCCGCCAGAAACUAAGUGCAUCUGGGACGACUACAGACAAUAGCUGUGAGUCUGUAGUCAUGAGCGGUCAGCCUCAACAACAGCAAAACCCAAAUCCUCAGCAUCCCAAUAGGGAUGUCAACAACCCAGCUGGUCUUCUAGCGAUAGCUGAGGAGACCCUGGCAGAGUUCCUUUCCAAGGCUACAGGAACUGCUGUCGACUGGGUCCAGAUGAUUGGGAUGAAGCCUGGUCCGGAUUCCAUUGGUAUCGUUGCUGUUUCCCGCAACUGCAGCGGGGUGGCAGCACGAGCCUGUGGUCUUGUUAGUCUAGAGCCAACAAAGGUUGCAGAAAUUCUCAAAGAUCGCCUUUCCUGGUAUCGUGACUGCCGAUGUCUUAACGUUGUAAGUGUUAUUCCUACGGGAAAUGGGGGAACAAUAGAGCUCAUAUACAUGCAGACUUACGCUCCAACUACAUUAGCAGCAGCACGCGACUUCUGGACUAUGAGAUAUACAACAAGUUUAGAAGAUGGCAGUGUAGUGGUUUGUGAGAGGUCAUUGACUUCUUCUACUGGUGGCCCAGCAGGGCCUCCGCCAUCUACUUUUGUUAGAGCUGAGAUGCUUCCUAGUGGCUACUUAAUACGAGCGUGCGAGGGUGAUGGAUCGAUUAUUCACAUUGUCGAUCACAUUGAUUUGGAUGUUUGGAGUGUCCCUGAAGUUCUUAGGCCACUUUACGAGUCAUCCAAGAUCCUUGCUCAGAAAAUGACAACUGCUGCAUUGCGUCACGUUAGACAAAUUGCUCAAGAGACUAAUGGAGAGAUUCAAUACACUGGUGGACGUCAACCCGCUGUACUGCGGACAUUCAGUCAAAAACUUUGCAGGGGUUUCAACGAUGCUGUUAAUGGGUUUGCUGAUGAUGGUUGGUCGCCUAUGGGCAGUGACGGUUUGGAGGAUGUGACAAUUGUCAUAAAUUCAUCAGCAAACGUGUUUCCCGGAUCCCAGUAUAACACGUCGAUGUAUCCCUCUUUUGGUGGUGGAGUGAUGUGUGCAAAAGCGUCGAUGUUACUUCAGGACGUUCCCCCUGCUUUGCUUGUUCGAUUCCUGAGAGAGCAUCGGUCUGAAUGGGCUGAUUAUGGAGUUGAUGCCUACUGUGCCGCAAGUUUAAAAGCCAGUCCAUAUGCUGUUCCAUGUGCAAGGCCUGGUGGCUUCCCUAGCAGCCAGGUUAUAUUGCCUCUUGCUUCUACUGUGGAGCAUGAGGAGUUUUUGGAGGUGGUUCGGCUGGAGGGCCUUGCAUUCUCUCCCGAUGACGUUGCUUUGGCUGGCCGAGAUAUGUACUUAUUGCAGCUCUGUAGUGGGGUUGAUGAAAAUGCAGUUGGAGCUUGUGCUCAGCUUGUGUUUGCGCCUAUAGAUGAAUCCUUUGCGGAUGAUGCUCCAUUACUUCCUUCAGGAUUUCGUGUCAUCCCACUGGAUCCGAAAACAGAUGAUCCUACUGCUGCUCGAACAUUGGAUUUGGCCUCUACUCUUGAAGUUGGUGCCAAUGCUGCACGUUCUGCUGGUCAAACUGAUUUGAGCAGCUACAAUCUUCGUUCAGUCUUGACCAUUGCUUUCCAGUUCACUUUUGAGAAUCACUUACAGGAAAAUGUGGCUGCAAUGGCCCGACAAUAUGUCCGUAGUGUUGUCGGGUCCGUUCAAAGGGUUGCCAUGGCCAUUGCCCCAUCUCGGUUGAGUUCCAAUAUGGGACUAAAGCCCCUUCCUGGUUCUCCUGAAGCUCUCACUUUGGCUCGAUGGAUUUGCCGAAGUUACAGGAUCCAUGUGGGAUCUGAGCUCCUUCAAGCGGAUUCUCAGUCUGGGGGGGAUGCCAUGUUGAAGCUGCUAUGGCACCACUCCGAUGCAAUCAUGUGUUGCUCUGUAAAAACCAACGCAUCUGCUGUGUUCACCUUCGCUAACCAGGCUGGUUUGGACAUGCUUGAAACCACUCUUGUUGGCCUGCAAGAUAUAAUGCUCGACAAAAUUCUCGAUGAGGCAGGUCGGAAGAUUCUCUGCACUGAGUUCCCCAAGAUAAUGCAGCAGGGAUUCACAAAUCUUCCAUCUGGUAUUUGCAUAUCGAGUAUGGGCCGUCCCAUUUCUUACGAGCAAGCCAUUGCCUGGAAGGUUCUAAAUGAUGAUGAUUCCAAUCACUGUCUAGCUUUCAUGUUCAUAAACUGGUCCUUUGUGUGAUGGAGAAGAAGCACAUGACUGGUUAACCGUAUCAAUUAGUGGAAUUGUAAUUCCAACCUAGACAUGAUGUAUUUCUUUUACUGCAGGACUUCUUGACUAUGGUCUUAGCUACUUGGACCCUUUGCUACGAACUUAACACCAUUACUUAAAGUUGUUAGUAUCAUGAACACUUAUAAUGUUAUGUGAGGUUAUACGCUGAAGUAUCAUUUAUCGUUUUGUAGUUGAUAAUUUAGCUUCAAAAGGCUAUAUUGUAACGAUUUUAGUCUAUCGCUAGUAAAUAUUAUCUUCUUUGGACUU